AGGAAAAGGAAAGAGUAAUUGAAGAAAUGAAAGAGAUUAUGGAUAUUGUGAGGGAUAAGAAAUUGGAAGACGGGAGAAGCCUAAAUUUUUUGGUAUCUGACCUUGUCGAUGUGGCUGACUAUGCCCUCCACCUUGUCAAACGAGACGUAACCUAUGAUGAGAGAUAUGCGUCCAUCCAUAGUUGGAUCGGAGAGAUCAAGAAGCGGAUGCUUAAACUGGGAGAUGAUGGGGCGGAGAUGGAGCCAGAGUCGAACAUGAGGUCAUCCGAGAAUGUUGAUGAUGACAAAUAUGUGGUGGGCUUGGAGGAAGAUGUGAAAAUGCUGCUUCCCAGAAGGAUCAUUGGUGGGGAAGGAUACUUCAAUUGGACUGUUCUUAUCAAAGGGAUGUGUGGUAUUGGAAAGACAACUCUUGCGAGAGUGAUAUACAACCAUCCAAAUGUCGUUAAGCACUUCGACCGUCGUGCUUGGGUAUGUAAUUCUACUCACUUCACUAUUAAAGAGCUACUUCUCAAACUAAUACAACAGGUAGUUCCUGAGAAUCUCCAUACAUCUUCUUUAUUGGAGAAUAUGGACAACCAAAGCCUCCGAGAUAUGCUUUGCCAACACCUGCGAGGAAUGCGAUAUUUUAUAGUUCUCGACGACCUGCCCAAACAAAUGCACUUGAAUUCUUUCUUGGAAGCUCUUCCACGAGUCGAUGAAAGUAGAUUGCUGCUCACGAGUCACAUAACUCAUACGGACAUAUUUGUACGUAAUGAAAAUGUUCAUCAGAUGAAACCUUUGGACCAUAAGCAGAGUUGGCAAUUGUUUCUGAAAACAAUAAAUCAUGGCAAUAAAUUGACGGGUGAGCACGAAUUCCCAAAGUCUUUGGAGCAUAUGGCAAAACAAAUGUUGAGAAAAUGUGACGGCUUGCCAUUAGCUAUAAAAGAGGUGAGGAAGCAGUUAUUGGAAAAGAAACUCACAGGGGGGAGUGAAUGGGAACAACUUCUUGAAUCAGUUGAUUUUGGUUCAACAUUGAAGUUAUUGGAAUCGUUUUAUCAUAAAUUGAAUCCCGAACUGGAGUCAUGUUUCUUGUGUAUGGCCUUCUUUAAGGAAAAUACAACUUUGAGGAAAGAAAAGUUGAUACAGAUUUGGGUUGCAGGAGGAGCUGGUUCAGAAUAUGACUGUCAAAGAUCGUUAGAUGGUUUAGUCAAUGAAUCUGCUAUUCAAGUCAAGGACAAGAGCACGGAGUAUCACCUGAAUGCUCUGCUACACAUGCUAUCCAUCCAAAAAGCAGAGGAGAAACUAGGUUUUGAUAUCCUAAAGAACAAUAAUGGUAACAAUCGAACCUCUAAGAGUCCUCGUCAGCAUUGUGUUAUCAUUAGUAGCAGAGACAAGUUCAACUACUCCACGGAUCAAGAUAAACAUCUGGAGUCUCUCUUCUUCCAUGGAGGUGGCUACUUGGACACUAGUCCGUCUUACUGGAAGAACUUUGAAAAACUUAAGAUACUUGAUUUGGAAGAUUUUGGAUUGAAGAUUUUACUAGAAAGUAUUGGCACAUUGGUGCAACUAAUAUACUUGGGAUUGAGAAAUAAUUAUAUAAAAGUGCUCCCAGUCUCGUUGGGGUGCUUGGAAAAUCUUGAGGUUCUUGACAUAGCUCAAAACUUUAUGGUGGAGAUGCCGGAUAUUAUAUGGAAAAUGCGUAACCUUCGCCACCUCUACAUGUCUGAUGUGAUUUGCCCGAAGCGUCUGAAGAUAGACGAGCUACUGUUUCUAGAAACCUUAACCUACGUCUCUGUUGAUAAUUGGACAUAUGAGCUCUCGGGCUUAAAAAUCAUGUCUAGUUUUCUUGAUAAAUUGGGCAUCGAAAAAUUGGACGGAAACUCAGAUGUAAGCAAGCUCUUUGUGUCAUUGGCUGUGUUGAAGAGUCUAAAACACCUAAUCUUAAGAGGGUAUCGUUUCAGAAGCAUGCCUUGUUUAGAUGAGCUUCGUAUUCUACACAAACUCAAAACACUCAAAUUGGAUGGACUCCUUGCAAGGCUACCAACUAAUCUCCCUCCAAAUAUUGAAUCAUUGACUCUGAUUGAUAGCUGUCUUGAUGAAGACCCCAUGCCACUACUUGGGAAGUUACUCAAGCUAAGAUUCCUCAAAUUGCGAAAUUCAUACACUGGUCAACAAAUGGUGAUCUUGCCCAACGGCUUCUGUCAUCUCGAAGUCCUGUGCAUCGAAGAGUUGUGGAAUCUGAGAAAUGUACAAGUUGGAGAAGGUGAAAUGCGUUUUCUCAAGAAAUUAGAAAUCCAUGAUUGUCCGUAUAUGGAUACCCUCCCGAAAGCUAUUUGUUCGAUGUUUUCGAUGAAUGAGAUAAAGAUGGUGACAACCAAAAAUAUUGCAGCAAAGAUCAAGAAUCCAGACUUGAUCUCCAAAAUAGCAAUAGUGAAUAUCAAUCCAUGAGCUAGCGUAGUUGUCUGCAUGAUUGUUACGUAUGUUGUUGGCGUUAAUUUUUGGAUUGUUUCUAGCUAGCUAUAUUUUCUUCCUUGGUUGUGUGUUUGUAAAUGACAUUUAGUUGCUUUGGCAAUUGUGCUUUCUUCAUAUCUUGUUUGUACUCUAUUUCUUCUCAAGUUACUGCAGAUUUAAGAUUUUAGCAAAAUGCAGACAAAAUUGCCAAGUAUUUCUGAAUUCUGAGUUGACAGCUGAAAAUGGUCUUUAUCUUGAAUAUCAACCAAGUAAUUUUGUUGGAA